AUGCCGCCAAAACCAUCAGCGAAAGGAGCAAAGAAAGCGGCGAAAUCCCAUAAACCGCGAAGUGGAGAUAAGAAGCGACGCAGUCGACGGAAGGAAUCGUACUCGGCAUACAUCUAUCGAGUUCUGAAACAG